GCAGCGCGCGUUGUCAGCCCGCCAGUGGAACAUUUCCGCCAUCGCGGCUGUCGCCUCACCGCUUUUGUUCGGCAAUUUUUUUAUAAGGACAGCAAUUUCCGAAGAUGUGGUAACAAGCCAACGAAAAGGGCCCAAGUACUGCUUUCUGGCUUUGCUGCUGCUUGGCGCGCUUUGCUCUUCCCUCCGAGCGUGACAACUGCGUCCCGGCGCCGCUCCUCCACUUACCAUCAUCUCUUGAGCAAUCGACCGAUCAAGGAGAGAGGGAGGGAGGGAGAGAGGGAGAGAGGGAGAGAGGGAGGGAAGGGUUUGAUUCCAUUACGAAGAAGCCCAAUUUACUAAGACGAGGGCCCAUUCUUAUGUAAGGUGGAGGUAGGUUCAUUUUUGAAGACGAGGCCCCAUUUUUCAAGGAAGAAGCUCCGCUCCAUUUCAACCCCGCUCCUCCUCCCCUGCCCCCCGCCGCCCCCGGCAAAGGAGAACGAAGAUGGUGGACGUGAGUGAUUUGAUAGUGCAGUACACGGGAUUAUCUCCUCUGGCUUUUGUGGCCAUCGUUGUGGGUUUGCUUGGGGCCUUAUACCUGCUGCUGGCGAGUAAGGAGGCCCACGCGGGACACCAGCAUAAGCGGGCCGGCGUGGCGGUCGCCGCUGCCCCGAAGGAGACUAUCAAGCUUGGGGACUCUGUAACGGAAGAGGAAUUGGAGCAGUACGAUGGCAGCGACCCGAGCAAACCUCUUAUGUUGGCUUGCAAGGGAGUCAUUUACGACGUCUCCUCUGGGCGCGACUUCUAUGGGCCAGGUGGCCCGUACGACAGCUUCGCUGGACGGUAUGUAUGUAUGGAUGCAAGCCGGGCACUCGCAAAAAUGUCAUCUGAACCAGAAGAUCUUACAGGCAACCUGGACGGUUUAUCGCUGGCUGAGCUGGAAAGGCUGGACACCUGGGCUGCGAAAUUCGACGAGAAGUACCCUGUUGCUGGCAGAAUGAAGAGCGCCACCAAGGAGGAGGAGAAGUCCGCCGUGCCAGAAAAUGCACAUGAAAAUGGAAGCUCCUAGGUCGUCUUUGAUGUCCGACUCACUUCCGACGCCAUGCCCAUGGUGCUGGCGCUGGACAGGGAGAGAGGGCGAAACGAACGAAACAACGAAUAAACAAACAGGUUGCCUUGCCCACAGCGAGUUUCAACCGUCUUGUUGCAGACUUGGUGAGUUCUAGGUGUUGUGUGGAUGUGGGUUUGGAGUGCUGAAAAGCGGCGGCUUGAUGCAAGUCAGGAGUGUCAAAUACACUGGAAGAGUAGGUACCCAGCUUCGGCAUCAUUUCCUUCGUUCGACAUCUUUACACUGAGGCCACAGAAACCAACGUGUUGUGUGUGAAGGGUUCGUGCCGCUGGUGAUGGUAGUGAUCGAGACACUUGACCGCUCCGGUUCGCGGUGGGUUAACUGUGGAGGCAGGUAAUUUUAACCCGACCGUGAACAGUGCAAAAUGACGGUAGUGGUCGAGCCAUUUAACCGCUGCAGGCUGCAGUUAGUGGUGGAGGUGGCGGUGCUGUUGGUGGCAGAUGUUGAGCGGACGGUCGAGGAAGAUGGUAUCGAGAAGGGUGAUGAGGAGAGAGAGAGAGAGAGGGUUGGUUUUCAGGCGUGGAGGUGUGGAAGAGGGUUCUGGCGAGGGUUCGGUGUAGGAACAGUGUCGAGGAGAGAAGGGUGUUUUGAAGGCCAGGGGUCUAAGGAACAAUUUUUUGCUGAGGCGAGGGAGUGUGCGUCGUAAUGGUUAAUAGCCACCAUCGGUUCCCCUGUGCUGCGCCAUCUGAAUUGAGAGCUCUUCUGCUGAAUAUCUUUUGACAACAUAGGAUUAACGCUUGUGAAUCUUGUGCAUCAUAGCAGGUUAUGCGUGCAAGGGCCGGGGCCAGAAUGCAGCGUUUGUAACCCUUGACGACUGGUGAAGCACCGCUGUCGGAACGGUGUCACACUGUCAUCGCUAAAUGAUCGGUAAGACGAGGUGGUGUAGCAGGCCUGAAGUAGAUCAUGUCUUAUCGGGCUGUAGUUAGUUAUAGCAACUGUGUAAAAUGUCAGCAAAUAUGUUCAGCCUUCAGGCAUCUGUUAUUCAAAAGGCUGUUGGCAGUCUGAGGCUGCAGGCUCUCUGCACAAAGUCCUGCUGUCAUUCGCUUGCCUCCAUUUGCAAGCUUGUCACAGGUGAGGCUCUGCAAAUUGCAAUUGUAGCCCUGUCUGCAUUUGGUCCUUCUAAUGCUCCAGGAUCAGACAACAGCAUGUUUGGUAGAAGCACUUCAGGCUAAAGUGAGGGGGAGUGAUUAUGUCACUCUAGUUUGGAUGUGGUGAUGAUGAUGACGAGGAGGAGGAGGAGAGAUGAGCAAAUGAGGAGAUGGUGCGAGAUUGAUGGAUACAGUGAUACACACUUUUUGUAGUCUGCAGUAGAAAAAAGAAUGUUCACUUUAGACUCUUAGAGUAGGAAGGAAGAGGAGAAGGUCAAGGAGUGGACAGAACAUGAGAUGAGACGAUAUGAGAUGGAAAUGGUAGGUACUUUGAUAAAGCUUGAACAAAUUGGUCCGGUCCUCUAUUUCCUUUCCUGAGAUUUCUUAUGCAAGUGACUAUUCAUUGCAGUCCACGGUUUUCAAAAACUCCAUCCAGACAGCCCCUGAAAACAAAUGGGGAGUGUGUGUAUUUCAAGCAGGAGUGUAUUUCAAGCAGGAGUGUAUUCCAAGCAGGAGUGUAUUCCAAGCAGGAGUGUAUUUCAAGCAGGAGUGUAUUCCAAGCAGGAGUGUAUUCCAAGCAGGAGUGUAUUCCAAGCAGGAGUGUAUUACAAGCAGGAGUGUAUUCCAAGCAGGAGUGUAUUUCAAGCAGGAGUGUAUUCCAAGCAGGAGUGUAUUUCAAGCAGGAGUGUAUUUCAAGCAGGAGUGUAUUUCAAGCAGGAGUGUAUUUCAAGCAGGAGUGUAUUUCAAGCAGGAGUGUAUUCCAAGCAGGAGUGUAUUCCAAGCAGGAGUGUAUUCCAAGCAGGAGUGUAUUCCAAGCAGGAGUGUAUUCCAAGC